CACGAAGCCACUAAUCAUUCGGUGGUGUGGCGUUGGAGAAAGAAGUGCGCUCUGUCGAGAGACAAUAUCGUGUGGUCAGCGAUCUAAUUCUCAUUUUCGCACUCUCAAAAAAGUGAAGGAAGUUUUAAGAUCGUGUUGUGUGUGAGAUCAGGAAGAUAAAAAUGCCAGAAACCGUGGUGACAGUGGACUCCUCACAGAGGACAACAGCUCAGCCAAAGCCAGCAUCGAGCCUCUCCUGGAUUCAGUGCAAUGUCAGCUAUUUUCUCACCCUGCCCGGACUUCUCAAACUCAUCCAACUGAUAUUUGGUGUCAUUUGCAUGGCUCUCGCGUCACCUGCAUUGAGAUCUGGGACGCACUUCUACCUCUUUGUUGUCGUCAUCACGUUCAUUGCAACGCUCCUAUGGUGCUUUAUUUAUUUGCUGGGCAUCCGCGAGGUCCUUAAUUUGCCCAUCAACUGGCCAUUAACAGAGCUGAUAAACACUGGCUUGGCUUCUGUGCUAUACUUCCUGGCCUUCCUGGUUCAGUUCAUCACCUGGGGCGGUUCAACCAUUACAGGCACGGGAUCCAACAUUGCCGCUGGCGUCUUCGGCAUCUUCAAUUUCCUCGCCUACGUGGCGGGAACGUACUUCCUUUACGUCGACUACAGAUCCGGCUGAGACCAGCAAUUCUGUCACCCUCUCGCGAGGAUGUUUAGUGCCAAAAACACCACGCAAUUUUUUGUGUACUUUUUACAUAACUAAAUUAACUUAUAAAUGUACUUGCUCCCCUUUCCCUUUGUUACUUGUCACCUCCUGUAUUCUCGCAAUAUGAGAAAGAGUCCUCGAUAGAGUUCAUUGCUAGGGAGACAAGUUCAUUUUCUCCUCCAUUGCAAAUCGUCUGUCAUUGCGCACUUAAGAGAUAAUCUUAUUGUUUACAAGAUUGUAAUAAAGUUAAUUUGUACUGUA